GUCCUGGUGACGCUUUGCAGGAAAAAAAAACAAAACAUCCGCCCUAAGAGGACAUGAAGCACCUUCACACGGUGGAAGUACUCAGUCAAAGUGAGCGCAUGCAUGCAGGGAGGGUGGACGCUGUUUUCCGUCUGUGCGCGCAUCGCAAAGCGCAUCGGACUCUCCUCCUCUCUCCAACCGCGCCUGCCUCUCUGAACUGAACCUCCCCGCGCCAGGAGGACUCAUCUCUCUUCCUCCCUUCCUCACACACACAAGCUGCUUUAACUUUCAGAAGGCGACAACAUCUCAGUGUGCUCUCAAGGUAAACGCUUUGUUGUGGAGGGAGACCUUCGUAUUUAUAGAGGAGAGAGAUUACGAGACUGUGACGGCGCGGCGGGUUUUUCUCCUCUCUUUGCCGAGCGGAGACCUGUUCAGCCCGAAAUGAUUGGCUAUUUCUUCCAAUGAGAAAGUCUGAGAAAUGUGUUUUUUCCCCGGGCGACACCGUCAGCAUCCCAGCCAGAAUGUACGGGCGGAAACAAGCGAGCGUUUGCAUCCUCCAAACAAUAUUUGGAUUGUCCAGAACUCAAAGAUCUCAGAGUGCUGAAUGCUGAAUGCCAUUAACACCUUCACUGACAUCGACGCACACCAUUAAGGAGUCUUACUUCACCUGUUACUUUCCCGUCUCCUUGCAAGAGCUAACGUCGCUGAGAAACUCCUCUUGCUCGCCCUUUGACCCCUGCUGCUAUGGAGAACCUCAGUGAGCUCCAGAACCCGUUGUUGGACAAAAACAGUAAGCACAUGGUCAACGGUUACGGGGGCGACUUCCCUAAUAACCAGUACCAGGAGAACAUUAUUAACUACUUUGCUGGCGGAGGAGGUGGAGGCGAGGGAGGAGGAAAGGUGAAUAACGGCAACGUAGUGAGCAAUACCAACGGGAAGAUGAAAUCCCAGCAGCUUUUGGACGCCACCUCGCUGCAUCUGGCGGUAGAGGCGUUCUACAGGCCCAACUUCAUCCUGUACAAGGAGGACAGCGGCAGCAUCAAGGCUAAGGAAUACAAAAGCGAGUGCUGUGAGACCACGUUCACAGAGAAGAAGGCCAAGGAGGCGUCCAACACGGCGGGGGCGGACACGCCUGGCACCGAGGAUCCCCAGGCGAAGCUGCUGGAAGACGGCGAGCACAUCAAGAUCCAAACUGUCUCCUAUGAAGUUGAGGAGGAGGAGUACGUGGAGUACGAGACGGACUGCUCCAGCGACAGUGAGAGCGAGGACAACUUCAUUGUCGUCCCUCCACGAGACCACCUGGGCCUGGCCAUCUUCUCCAUGCUCUGCUGUUUCUGGCCUCUGGGGAUCGCAGCAUUUUACUUCUCACAGGGGACCACCAAGGCGGUGAACAAAGGUGACUUCCCACUGGCCAACAUCGCCUCCAGACGUGCUUUGUUCCUCGCUGCCCUCUCCAUCACUAUAGGCACCGGCGUGUAUGUGGGGGUGGUGGUAGCUCUCAUCGCCUACCUUUCUAAACCAGGACACAUAUAGCAGCCGCACCUUCCCUCCGACACACCUCCAGGGAGCCCAGGAAGAGAACAACUCCCCCCCUCAUGGGAACGCCAUUGCUCCUGCAGACUUCGAGGAAAAGUUUUUCGGGGAUGUACAGUUUUUUCCCUCCGCCUUCCUUUCUUCCCAGCUUUCUCUCCCUACAGGCCCUCUGUCAGCCAAGAUUAGCCACAGUGACUGGAGAGAGGUCAAGCUGGAGGGUGAGAAGAGGGGGAAUUGGGGAUGGACAAAGUUUUUUCUUUUUUUUGUUUGAGAGGGUUUGAGUAAUGGAAGAGUCCAGUUUGCAUCACAUUGACUCAAACCCCUGUUGGCUUCAUCCUCUUUUGGCUGGUUUUUAACUUCCAAGACCCCGACAGACACAUCGUGGAAGAAAAGACUGGGACGAUAAUGCCACACACUUAAGCAAUUAUUAUAGAGCAGAGGCUGAGGAGAGUUAGAAAUCAAUACAAAAUCACUCUUAAACCAACUCUAUGUUGUCGUUAUUUGAGCUGCAGUUAAAAUCGGAGCUUCUCUGUGGAGUCCCGUCUCCUGUCAUCUCAGUUCACCACCCAGGACUGUCUUUAAUAGACUGUGAGCUGCCCUCAUCGACUGAAAAACACCAAGGCUGCAUUUGUCUCCGGGCGGACUGCCUCGCAGUAGAUGACCACGCUUCUUAAAUCAUGACAAAGGAGGGCUUUUAUUUCCAGAGAAACUUGUGAAAAAAAUACAAAACUUCUGAUCAUAAUUUCAAUCAAAGAAGAAUAAAGCGCUGAGAGAUAAAAAAGAAAAAAGCGAUCAAACGCGAUCUGAGGCUGUUUCUUUCUCAUUGAACAAUACGUACUGGCAUGAAUUACAAGGAUCUGAACGGAGCCUCAGGCCUGUAUUUUACCUCUGAGAAGGUGUCCAUCCAUCAAAGACAUGCCCUGAAAUCUAACAAAAUCUGCUCACGCCAGAUAUGUUUUGCCUACGUACAUGCAGAUUGUUUUUAUGUUUGUCUCUUUGUGUUCCCUGCUGUCUAAAAGGCACCUUGAUUAAUCUCGCUUUAAGGAAUGUUCAUUUAUAGCCUUUGAAGUAAAGCACACAUGCGAGGUGGCCAGAUGGUCCCAAAUUCAGGGGGAAAACGAUGCACAGUGUCUCCCCCGGAAAUGCUGCAUCUGCUAACGCAAUGUGAAAUGAAACAUCAGCCGCUCACAAUGGAGCGAGGAAGUUAUAAAUCAGGUAGAUAAUGUCAUUAAAAGGCAGGCCUUAGUAUCCUCCGGUGCUGCGCGUAUAAACAGAGCGUCGCAGUCUGACAGCUUUGAAUUGAGCUGUGAUCAAUUAUUCUUUGCAUGACUCUUGCUAUGUGCCAGCAGUAUACUGCUACGCAUGAUGGAUUGGAUUUAGAGCUUGUUUUUGUCAGAUCAUAAAAAAAGCUUAAAUUAAAAUUGAUCAGGCUGUGAAGGGGCUCGUAUUUCGUGCAGCGCUUAAACCCACACCCCCCCAGCUCAGCUAUUAAAACAAAGGACAUUUCAUAGUAAUAAAGCAUCGAGACACUGCAGUUUGUUCCUUCGCGAUUUCAAGAAUGGUUGAAACAGACAAAUUCACUGAUCCUCUUUGUAUGAAGGGCUUAUUAAUUACAGAGACUUCACUUUGUGUUUUUAUAUUCCAGAUGCAGUCAGAUGCUAGUUCAAGCCUCAAGAGGUGACAUUAUACACUUAGUUUCCCUGCACAGGUCCUGCAUUAGUCAUACCUGACAUUUAUGGUGCACAAUUAGCUCCCCGUAAUGGCUUGUUCUGAAGGAAUGUGUAGUCUCUGGAGCAUAGCCCUAAAAUAGCACAACCACAUUAAUUUCACUAAUAAGCCACUUUUGGCGUCGCCGGUUGCUGUCAAACCCUGCAAGUAAACAAUCCAUUUACACAUCCUCGGCUCUGUGAACAUUUUAAAAUAACCAUGUAAGUCGGCUCUGCUGUGCUAAUGAAGAGUGAAUAUUGCCCAUAUUCUCCACGAGGGGAAGUUUCCAGUGUGCUUUGCUUGAAUAAAACUGCAGCUCAGACUCCGAGCUUUUCUUUGAAUUUUCUUUUUGGCUGCCUGUGUGUGCAAACAUCCAGCGGUGUUUUGAGUAAAGGCAGUCAGACAAGGAUGAGCUGAAUGCCGAAUGAUUUCUACGUGUUUGUUUGGGGCCCUACGAUUCAACUCAUUGAGUGUGUGGUCAUCUGAAAAGCUUGUCAAUACCAGGGGCGGAGCAAAGGGGGGGCCUCUGGGGCUCCAGCAGUGAAUCUAUGUGAUUGGGUUAAGAAAUCUAGUUUAAUUGGGCCUAAUAUUUCUAUUCCAGCAUAGUGUAACAAAAACAGGUUUCAACAUUAGUGAUUCUGCUAGCACAAAAUUUUACCCUGCCAACACUUUCUCACUCCCAACUUGUCAAAUACUGACGCUUGGUCAGUGGCCCUGGGAUGGAGGGUCAAAUUAAAAUUAAGUUUUCACAGGAAAUGUACAGUUUCUCCUUUUUAAUGGCAUACAUUCUCCUCUCAAAUUACACUUAGAACAUAGGUAAACAUUUUGUUUAUUGGUAAACUAUAUUAGGGCGUGUGUAGCGCACUAGUUGGCAUUGUUGGCUUUUUUACAGGAAAUUCAGACAGUUGAGCCGGCAUCAGAGACGGUGAAGCCUUUCAGUGACUGAAAUCACUCUGAUUAGCCGGUCAGAUGAGAAACAAGUGAAGAAAGGAAACAAAUGAAGGGUGUGAGAUUGAGACAAACUUUUGAGCCGAUGAGCUCUUGAGCAGAAACAGUUUGUAGUCGUUUGUGUUAUUGUUCAUUUGUGAUGGUUAUUAUCAUUUGUUCUUUCAACAUGGGGUUGUGCUAAUGUGCUAACUGGCUAACUGGCAUCUUGAUUUCAUCCUGACUGUCUUUCAGUUUCUCUUUUUAAAUGACAAAUACAAACUCCUGUCGCCUGCUGUAUGUAUAUUUUGUCUCACACAGGCGCAGAACGUAUAUGCUAGUUUGCCGUCGGCUGUAGUCUUUGCAGUGUGUUCAAGUGCAGCUUUUUAGCUGGGUAACAUGUGACGAGAGGUGAUGCAAGAAUUGGCCUUCGCCGCCACGAGUUCUUUGAUGUCGGUUUGGUGUGUCAUGGGCUUCAGGUUUAGGCAACAAGAGUAAGUGAUUUGAUUUGGAAAAAACGUCAUGUUUGGCUUAAAAUAAGUGUAAAAUAAAAAUAAAAACAAAGUAAAAAUAAGAGUUCGUCGUUCGACGUUACGAUGAGUCAAUCACGUUUGCACACUGAGUCCGAAACUUUCGUCCAUCAUUAAAAUGUUUGGAACAGAUUUGAUUUUCUGCAUUUUUUGCAUCUGUCAGAGCCUUGAGAGACUAAGAAUCAGUGAAGAAAAUGUGGUGGCGGGACACAGCCACAACAAGACAGAGGAACGGGGCGCACAGAAUACUUUCCUUCCUCAGAUAGUGAUAUUCAGGUGGAUGAUGAUGAAGAGGAGGAGGAUGUGGACUGCACACAGAAUGUGGAGGACAGCUCCGCCCCUUCAUGCAGCUGUGGUGCCAAAUCAAAGACAGGGAGGGAGUGAUGACAGCCAGAUCAGUAACUCCAGGGGAAAGACGCAAGAGAGGAAAUGUGUCUCUUCAUUAUUCACAUAUGGUGAAUUCUUUAACAACAAAUAGAACAAUAAAACGCAGAGGAAUCAGUGUGCAAGGUUUCUGUGCGUAAUGAUUUCUUUCAGAUGUCGGAUUAAAAAACACAUCGGUAAAAAAUGGGCUCUGUGCGCAAAGGCCUUGAGUUGACUGACUUUAUGUUUCAAACCAGACACAAACAGUGGGUUCCUAGGCGAAAGUCCGGAGUUUGUUUGACCCAUCCACCACUAAACGUGCCCAUCCUACGCUGGUGCGUCAGUGUCUGACGCUGAGGGCCACUGACCAAGCGUUGAUAUUUGCAAGUUGGGAGUGAGACCGGAUUACUGUGCCUAUGUUAUGGAGUUUAAAAAUGGUAACAUCCAACAAUGUUUGCCUCUUUUCAUGUGGCGUUUGCUGUGUUUUGGUUUCAGAAUGAUGAAGACAGGUGGAGAACAAUUAGACACACAAUAGGCUUUAAAAGAUGAUUUUUUUUCUUGGCAGCUAUUAUUUUGUUUUUCCAAAAUGGUCGACAGAAUUUUUGGCAUGGUAUUAUCUCAAAUGGCUUGAAAAUCGGCGCAUAAAGCUGCUGUAAGAGGGAAAGAAAUCUGCCAGGCCUGAGGUUUGGACCGAGCCCCAAACAUCUGGCUCUGCUCCUGGUCACUACACUGUAUAUGUUUGGCCUUAUAAUCUCCGACCCCCUCUGACCACGCGUCCUACUGGUAACUCACGAGCUACUGAUUUCACGUCAGCAUACGCACACAUCAUGACCAUAACUAUACUGAAAGACUCUGUACGUCUGCUGUCAUCUCUUGGAGAACGUUUUAUUGCUGAUAACGAUGAACAUGCUUUGUGUUAUGUAGCGUGUCAUUCAGAUGAUGUGUUUUUAUCUUUGGCAACCUGGUAUUGUGCAAUGUGUCACAACAGUACGUGGGUUUCAGUGCUGUUGUUAAUUCCUUCUCAUUGUGAUGAGUUAAUGUACACAUCCACGCAGCAAAGACUGAAUGCAUUCCUCAAUGCCAGGGUGAUAGUGCUCUCUUUGUGUCGUGCUCUUAAGCCGAAUUAAAGAUGACAUUUUUUUUUUAUUCUGUUCAUGUUUUGGGGAUUUUGUGUGAAGGCAACAUGUACAUAGUGCAAAUAAAGACAUGUUCAA